AUGAACGGUAAAUUGUGGAUCACAAAAUAUCAUAUGAUUCACAACCACUCACCUCUGCCUGAAACUAUUAAAAUCGACCAAAGUGUUCGUAGACUUCAAGUUCAGGAAUCGGGCAAAGAUGAGCUGGUUAUUAGUGAUGGUAUAGUGACUGUCACAUUUUCUAAGCUUUCCACUAUAGAUGUACAGGUCGUAUUGGACGACAUUGUUGAUCAACUCCCAAAACAUAGUGUAUCCCUUGACUCAAGCAGAGGUGAGAGGUCUUCUGAUUGUCAUCCAUGGAUAGGUUCGCCAGGGAAGGCGCAAUCAAGACCAAUGCAGGAACGCAAGGCCGCUGCGAGGGAUCGUUUGGCUGCGAGAACUAAAAAAGCUCGUGGUUUGAAGUUGGCUCCUUGUCUUCGUCGGUUGGCUGAAUUAGCAGCUGCUGGUUCUGGUCCUGAUUUCCACAAACAUCUCGGUGAGCUGGAAGCCCUUGUUGAAAUUUGGAAGCAUGGGGGUAUAUCAUCACUAGCUUCUGGAAGUUCAAGCGGUGUCUAUGCUGGUGGCAACUCCGUGACUCCUUCGCAAACUGAUUCUAUUGCAAUUGCCAGGGCAGUCGAAAGUCUUUUUCGGAAACAGAAGGCUAUGGAUAAUUCCACUGGCGCUGUUACCGGAACAACAGUGAAGUUACCCGGUCGUUCCCCAAAAGCUGCUCAAAUAGUCACUCCGGUUGUCACUGGAAGUACUGUCUCGGUUAUUCAGACUUCACCACAACCAGUUGUGCUAAAGCAAGCUCUUGGUUCCCAACCUGGUGCCUUUGUCAACAGUUCAAACGUUGUCACCCUUCCCUCCACAGCAGUUGCAACUCUCCCAAAGGAUGUUGUAAUAGCAGAUGCUGGAAAUGGACAGUUGCAGUUAAUCAAUAGUGCCUCCAUCAUCACGACAACUGGUCAAAAAGGGGACAAUGGAGUGGCUGAAGGACAGCCAAUUUUAGGCUAUGUAAUUCAGCCCAUGACUUCGCUAUCUGGUGGUCAAACGAUUAUCCCAACUGCGGCCAUGGUUACGCCUACGAAUUUUGUGCCCAUCGCACCUAAGCUUCCAGUCAGCGACUCGCCGAUGCAGUCAUUUCAACCCAUUCCUCCUCCUCCGCCCAAGGUUGUGCGGCCGCCAAUGCCGAUUUGUAAACCAAAGGUCAUGAAACCUCGAGGCAGACAGCCGAAGUUAAAAUCGGGUUUGGGCGAGGGUCUGUUGACGGUGCCUGAAGGACCAGCGGUGACACGGUUUGUGGACAACGGUCAGCCGAAGCCUUGGACACCGAUGAUUAUGGAGAGUGAAUCUUGCUCCUAUUUCCUGUUUGUUGAGGAUGCAAAUUAUUACUAUUCACCGGAGGAAGAUGCUUGGCUACCCUUUGACCACCGAACCAUGGCAGUGGACGCAUGA